GCCGCAGUCGGAGUCCGGGCACCGUGCGGGAGACCAUGAGCUGCGGACGGCUGAUCUCCCUGGCGCUGCUGGGCUGCCUCCUGCUCGCCAGCUCCUGCGGCGGAGGUGAUGCAGAAGCAAAUGUCGAAGUUUCCAUGCCAGAUGUGGUAGAAGCCGAAAUUGGGGAGACAGUUAUAAUUAACUGUGAGUUCUCUCUCCCAGAGAACAGCAGCUAUGCUUACAUCAACUGGUUUUCCGGGGAAAAAAUGGCACGGAAAAAAAUCAUCUCCUUGAUCCAAGACAAAGAAGACUGGGCAGAAGACCAAUAUAGAGACCGGUUGAACAUCGCCAAGGAUUUCUCCCUCGUCAUCAGGAAGGUCACUGUGCAGGAUGCCAAGACCUACAUCUGCCAAGUGGGGCUCGGCAGCCUCGGUGUCAGCGAGAACCAGACCAAGCUGCAGGUCUCAAAAGCUCCGGAACUACCUGAGGUUCAGCUGGUGAAAGAUGGAUUUCGAGCCGCUGAACCCACUCCUCAAGAGAUAGCAACUUGUACUGCCCGCAACGGCUACCCGGCUCCAAGCAUCAUAUGGUACAAGAACAGGGAAGUCCUGCACCCCAAAGACAAAG